AUGGCAUGCCCCCUCUCAAUUUGAAAAAUAGAACCGUUAGGACUUAUCCUCACAGCCAACGGCUAGUUUUUUUUGUAAUGUUCCUUUUGAGGACACCGCUACACUGUUCUCUCUCUUUUAUCUCUCUCUCUGUCUCUCUCUGAUAUCCCUAAUCCGAGAACACUCAAUUCCCUUGGGGUCAAGAUAUCCGAGUUAUUCGAUUCUGUGAAGAUGAAACGCAUAGAACUUGGGCUUUUGCAAAGAACAAAGACUCUUUCAACAGUUCUUGAUGCUCAAAUUCUCUAUCUGGAGGAGUGGUCUGCUCUAGAAGAGGAUUAUUCAGUUUCUUUAUCAGAAGCAAUUCAAGCUUUGUUGAAUGCCUCACUUCAACUUCCAAUCGGGAAUGUCAGGGCUGAUAUAAGAGAGGUAGGAGAGGCACUGAACUCAGCAACAAAUAUGAUGGAAAUGAUAGUUUUUCAUCUUCAAAGCUUUGUGCCAAAUGUAAAACAAGCAGAAGAAACAGAAAAUUUAAUUUCAGAACUAGCCAGAGUAACUGGGGGAGAAAAAGCUCUUAUUGGAGAAUGUGGUGGUCUGUUGUCUAAGACAUAUGCAUCGCAGGUGGAAGAGUUCAGUUUGAGGGGCCAGCUCAUCCAAUUGCAUCAUUGCUCUCAUAAAGACAAUCUUGUCAAGACUGAGUAGUACUUCAUCACUGACAUUUUGUUUGUGCUAUCUACAUAGGAUCUAGGAUUUAACCCAUGAUCAGUUGGUGUUGUCUGUGUGGCUUUUCAACAAAAUAAACAUUUUAUUUACUCAUAAGAACUCUCAAUCACUCUCACUCUCUUGGAAUCAAGGUGGAGGUGAGAAAAUGAAGGGGGGGUGGAAGCUAGGCAUGAAAGAUAAAUUUUGUUGUAAAUCUGUCUUGGCCUAGCAAUUCUUUUGUAUGUAUAAAACUUUUGUAAGAUCUGUAAUAAUCAACAGCUUUACAUCACAAUUCUUUGA